AAGGGUGCGAGACUCAUUGUUUGGAUUUUUCUUUGCCUAAUUUGUCUGCAAGCUUAACCUGAUAGGAGGAAACUAAAUCUGCUGAAUGGAGAAAGGCUCUUUACGCUCUGCAUGCAGACUCCUCCCAGUCAUGCCUGAAACAAAACCUCCUGCUGCAGCUGAACCCAGCCACUGACACAAGCUGCUCCCACACUCACCGAUGAUACACAACAUAGUGAGCUUCAAGCAAAAUGCAAGCCUUUAUCCUGUCAGUAAUAUGGUCACUAUCAUUACCUUCUUGCAUGGAAGCUAUCCAUGGAUUGUACAGUUUUGGGCAGCAUGAGUUAUUCUACAAAAAGAAUCAUUGCAAGCCAAUUCCUGCAAACCUGCUCCUUUGCCACGAUAUAGAGUACACGGAGAUGCGUCUGCCCAACCUGCUCGGACACGAAACCAUGAAUGAAGUUCUACAGCAAGCGUCAUCCUGGAUCCCCCUGGUUCAGAAGCAGUGUCAUCCGGACACGAGGAAAUUCCUCUGCUCCCUUUUUGCUCCUGUCUGUCUGGACGAUUUGGACGAGCCCAUACAGCCGUGCAGGUCUCUUUGUGAAAGCGUCAAACAUGGAUGCGCACCUGUUAUGUCCAUGUUCGGCUUUCCGUGGCCGAGCAUGUUGGACUGCAGCCGAUUCCCCCUGGACAAUGACCUGUGCAUCCCUCCUGCAGGAAUCGACAACUUUGCACCAGUCACCAAAGAAGUGCCCAGAGUGUGUGAUGCUUGCAAGGAAAAGGAGGAAAAUGACAAUGAAAUUGUCGACAACCUUUGCAAAAAUGACUUUGCUCUGAAGAUAAAAGUCAAGGAGAUUGCCUACAUAAAUGGUGACACCAAAAUUGUGCCAGACACCAAGAGCAAGACCAUCUACAAGUUGAACGGUGUGACAGAGCGGGACCUGAGGAAGACGGUGCUGUGGCUGAAGGACGGCCUGCAGUGCCUGUGUGAGGAGAUGAAUGACAUCAAUGCCACCUACCUGGUGAUGGGCCAGAAGAUGGACGGCAAUCUGAUCAUCACCUCGCUGAAGCGCUGGCAGAAGGGACAGCGUGAGUUUAAGAGGAUUUCUCGCAGCAUUCGGCGGCUGCAGUGCUAGGAGCACAAAGAGGAUGUGUGACUGUUGGAGAGUUAUGGUUUGUUAUAGGCCUUAGCAGACGUUUCACACCUUAACACUUCUAUUGUCAUUUCAAAAUCCACGUGACUGCUGCAUCUUAAAGCGGAGGUUUGUGUUGUUUUUGUUUUCACCCCUUGUUUGUUUGUGAACAGCUUGGAGCCCACAAUUUUUCAUACAUGUCAUUAUGAAAUUUUUACUGAAGAUUCACAUCCUGAUAAGCAAACACUCAUUCGAUUUUCAAGGUCAUAGGUCAAAGGGUGAAGUCAGGAAAAAUCUUGAAAUAUUGGAAAAAUCCCUGUCUUUAACAUUGAAUGAAUUUUCAAAAAUUCAUAACUCCAUCA